GUGAAUAUCGCUGGAUGGAAGCUGAGGAAGAGGAGGGGCAGAGGAUGCUGACAGUGGAAGGAGGACCAAAGAGCUGCUCUCCAUCCCAUUUGUUUGGGGCCAAAAUCCGCCAUGCACAACUGGGUUAUGAUCUCUGGAUAGAGUCAUAUUUUUUCAUGUCACUCUGCAAUUAAACGCAUAAACUGGAUUAUUUAAACAAUAUUUUCCUGGAAAAAUGCUUCCCUGCUCAUCAUCCGCGCAGACGGAAGGAUGCGAGGAGGAGAGCGACGGACACAUCCAAACAGAGUGCAACAGACUGACUGAGGAACGAGAUGAGGCACAGAGGCAGCUCAAACAUAUUAAAAGAGUUUCUCAGAUGGUGAUUGAAGAGGUCAGUGUUCUGCAGACUCAGCUCGAGAUCGAAAAGUCUUGCCGAGAGAAUGCAGAGGCCCUGGCCACUAAGCUAAACUGUGAAAACAGGAAACUGAAGUACCUUAGCCUUUCAUCUCGUCCAUGUUUGGAUGAACUGCUUCCAAGUAUCUCUGACUGCAUUGCACUCGAAGCUGAUGUUGACCCUGCAGACUCUGUGGACAACAGCCCUGACACCAUCUCUCAGUGCCAGCAACAGGUUAAAGAGUUGAGGGAGACAGUGACCAGUUUAUUGGAGGAGAAGAAAGGAUUCGUUUGUCAGAUUCACGAACAGCAGAGACAGAUAGAAGAGCUGACCAUACUGUCUGAGAAAAAUCAGGAGGAGAUGAAACAGCUUCGGGAAACAGUCGAACAGCAAAGCAAAACCAUCAAGAGAUUUAACAGAGUCUCUAUGAUGGCAGCUCAGGAGUAUGAUGGGAUGAAGGAGAGGCUGGAUUUGGAGCAGAACCUCAGAGUCAAAGCUGAGACCUAUGCACACGAGAUGCUGGUUAAGCAGAAGGAGGCCAACAGACAGAGCAUGCUACUGCUGCAGAGUGCUGAGCCCAGCAUUCAGCUGCUGAAAGCUCUGGAAGAUGUGGCAGCUAUUACUAAAACCCUGGAGGAGGAGCGUCUGCAGCAUCAGCAGAAGGUACAGAGCCUGGAGACCCAGCUAGAGGAAAGCUGCCUGAAGAAAGAGCUGCAGGCUCUUCAGAGACAGCUAGAGCUGCUGGAGGUGGAGAAGAAGGAGGUGGAGGGACGACUGGAGCAGGCGGAGAAGAAGAACGAGGAGCUGGAGGAAAGAGUCCAUGAGCUCCAGAAUAAAAUUGUGGACAGCACCAGCCUUCCUCCGCCAGCACCGGGGGUAGCACCACCUCCCACACCUCCCCCACAGCCCCCUCCGCCCCCUCCUCCUCCCCCACCGCCUCCCCCACCCCCUCCCCCUUCCAGAUGCAACCCCCUCAGCUCUCUGAUUGCCAUCAUGAGGAAGUCAUCUAAAGGCUCCAAGGCAAAGAUGGAGCCCACUCCAGCUGCUGAAGGGGUGGAUGAUGUCAAGGUGAAAGCGGUGAAUGAGAUGAUGGAGCGAAUCAAACAUGGCGUCGUCCUCCGACCGGUUAAAAGCCAGGAGAGCAAAAGAAUAGCAGUGAAACCUCCACCCUGUGAGGAGAAGCCACAGGAGAGCGCCAUGGAUGAACUGAAAUGCAUCCUGGAGACGGUGAAGAGGAGCCCCAGCCGAGGCUCCCAGGAAUCUGGACCUUCACCGCCAGCAAAAAAGGACAGUGAGCUGGAGGUGAUCCUCAGGCGCCGCCGCAACAAGGCUGGGGAGGCGGGAUCAGGAGAUGAACGCGAGGGCCAGAUGAGCCACGUCUCUUCUUUUGACAGCUUGAAUGGGAGACGCACCAGCAGCGAUUCAGGCAAAGAUUCAGAGGGAGCGAGCGGGCUGAGCGCCCCCUCGGAGGCGGCAGGAAUAGUCCGGGUCAGUCCAGACAGAAGGGGUUCUGGACCGGGACCUGUGGUGGCCCCAAGGAAGCACUCUGACAUGGAGAGAAGAUCCUGCAGCUCUCUGCCUGAAAAAGAAAUAUCAGAGUCUCCGAUCACUAACGGCUGCAUCAACAGCACCGAUGAGGAGAAUCAGAUAAAGUCAAACGGAGUCGACCACGAGGAGCCUGGCCACAGUCCCCACACUGACCCUCUAAACGUUAGCGCUGAUGCAGACUGCUGAGAUGAACUCUGACCAUUUUAGGUUCUACGAUCUGAAGAAAGCAAAAACAAAGCGAUGAAACACGUUUGCCUUUUUUACACUAAUGGUAUCAAAUGCGCUUUAAAAAUCUUGUUUUUGUUUUGUUUUCUUUUUCUCUCAGAUUUACAGCAACAAAAAGGCAACUAACCACAGUAACAAAAACAACCUGAUUCAUUUAGAUAAUUUAGCUUUAAGGUAAACCUAAGGUUUUCAUCAAAUGUAAAUGUUCAGACUAAAGCAAUGCAGAAAGCAUCCAGACUAACUCAGACUUUCAGUUUUUCUUAUUUUAACUCCUGUUUGAAACAUCUCAUGUUUACCCAGUAAAGAACAUUGAUGUUACCUACAGUGUGUUCUGCUUUACAGUGGUAGGAGACAGAGGCCUAAUAGAUUCCCUAAUCAGAUGGUUCUGAUGGUCUGAUGGAGAAGGUGAUGUGUGCCUUAUUCCCACACUUGAAAGAAAAUCUAAUAAAGGGAAUAUUUUGAAAUCAGGCGAUUGGGGAUCCAGCAAAAAAAAAAAAAAAAUAAGAUAAUUAUAAAACCAAACAAAAAUAUUUUUACUAAAUCUGUAAAAUCUAACACAUUUUCUGGAAAGAUGUGUCAGACAGGAGGAAUGGUCCAGUUUGGGUGUAUUUCCUCUACAGAAAGUGCUGUUGUUAAAGGCAAGCUCUGUGUUGACACCUUGAAGCAGUCGCUCUCCGAAUUAUUUUUCCUGAGAAUAGAUCACUUGGGACAAACUGUUUAAUUAACACUUCAUAACUUAUAUGUAUUAAAUAACCAGGAGACAUGACAACAGAUUUUGAUAGAAAUUGUAAUCUUACUCAGAUCAGAGAAGUUGCUUUGAGUUACAGAAGGCAGCUGCUUACCAACCGGGCUCACUUCUCAUGAAGCAGCCCCGAUUCACAGUUAGAGAAGCAUUUCAUACAUCUCCAGUCUGCCACAUUAUUACAUCAUACACAUUUGCAGAUAAGGAGACAUCCAUGGCUGCAGCCUUAUCAAAAUAUUACACUUUGUUCUAAAGCGACGCCGCUCUCAUUCUAUUCCCAACUCUUGGCCAUGUACAGAAUGAAGAUUAUAACUGUAUAUCCGGACAGAGGAGCUGUCCUAAUUAGAUCAACUACUGGGCAAAACAUCAGUUCUGACAUGCAACAGGCAGGUAAUAAUAGGAUGUAUUAAACUCACACAUAAUCAAUGAUGGUCAUGCAAGAUGUUUUAAGAAGUGGCCCCUCUAGAAUGGCCACAAGAGGGUGCAAAUGUUUAUAUCACAGACAAAGUCCUGCUGCUGGGGGGCAACUGUGUCGAUCUGCAUGAGGACAUGACCAUGUUGAUGACUCUUCCCAAAAUCAGGCCACUACAGAUCAUUGUUUCCCACACUAACCAGGACUCAUGCAAAUCCUGGUUAUGACCACUAUCAGGCUUCAUUAGGUUCAACAUUUAUGCUGCUGUUUGAUAUAAGGCAAUAUCUGAGACUGCAAGAGGGUAACUGUCCUAUAUAAUAGAUCAGUCCACAGUGUGAUGGCUACCAGAGAGGAAGGGAGACAUGAAGUGAAGAUUAAUUUGAUGAUUUGUUGUUGUAGUUAUUUUAUCUGAUAGCUGUAGACUUGCAUUGUGGCUAAAAGAGUAUCAAUGCAGCUUUAACUAGACGCAAAAUCUAUGCCUGUACAGAUUACAUCCAGAUUGGACCAUAUCUUCUACUGUAGGUGCUCUCAUCUUAUUCUAACUCAUCCUCAAAUAUUAGAAAUCGGAGGAAAAUUAGUAGUUUGACCCUCAUAAAAAAUACCAAGAAAAGAAAUCAGAAAAAAGACAUUUAAUAAAAUGUUUCUUUUUUUUUUUCCUUCUCCUGAUCUUAGCUGGUCAGAAGAGUACUGGCUAAAAAUCAGCAAAAAAGGUUUCCCUUUUUUUCAUCUCCUGAUAAAAUAUCUUAUAAAGUUGAAAUGUCAAAAUAUGAAACUGUAAUCUGAAGACUAAAGAAUACAUUUUAAAGGAAAGUUUUCAGAAGGCAAAUCUGACUGAUCUGACUCAGAGGAGACUGUAGCCAUUUGCACUAAAGUCCUGCUCUAAUAUUAACAAAUAAUAACGUUGCAUCCAUUUUGUUCUCAGUUUAAUGAACAAAGAUGCACUUGGUUAAAUGUUUGAUCAGGAGGAACGUCCUGUGCUGCUGAGCUUCUGGUUUAGGAUUGUGCAUUUUAACAAGGUAAAGGGAAUUCCAAUUUUACUGCAUUUCUAAGGAUUAAACUAACAGUAAAUCUGAUUUAGGUUUUGACUUCAGUUUAUCCUGCUGCUACAUAUUUAUUCAAGUUUUUAACAGUUUUAUAUAAUAAUUAUUUGAACUCUUUCUAUGUUUUAGGGAACUGAUACUGGAGUAAAUUAAGUAGAUGCUGAUAAUGAAACACCACCCUUAACAAUUGAUGGCACCCCUAACAGAGAUACUUAAAGAGCCUUAUAGUUCAGGCAAUAAGUGAACUUUAUCUAGUUCCAAAAUGUACAAAUACUUGUGGAUGGGGAUCAAUCUUGUGUUAAGAAAAUCUGUUUUUAUUAAAUCAUCAGUGUUACGGUUACUUAAACCCCUGACUGGUUCUAUGACAUAAAGAUUUCCUUUUUUUUUAUUUUUUUUUUUUACCUUGUCUAGAAAAGGUGUGUUAAUAAGUCCUUGGUUUAAAUAUAAGGUUGAAGGCUAUGUGCCUAUUUUUUUCAAAUGGGAAAGU